UCGGCGAAGAAGAUCGCACGUUCUCAUAUUCUUUUCCAGGAAAUGGAGUCGCAAGAUCCGACCAUGUUGGGAAUUACUGAAGAACAGGGGGAAAUUCAUCAACAACCUCCCCUCAUGAGCGGUCAAUUGGACAUUUUGAUGGAGGAAAUGGGAAAAGUGAUUCACCGAAGCGAUGAACAGGGUGGCUUGUUACCUGAAUGUUGUAUCUAUAAGGUGCCUCGUACGAUCCGUGAUCAACAUGGAAGCGCUUUUACCCCAAAAUUUAUUUCAAUUGGUCCCUUUCAUUACGGUGAUAAGAGACUGCAAGAUAUGGAAAUUCACAAAGAAAUCUUCUUUACAAGAUUUUCCCGUAAAUCUAAGAAAAGCUUGAGUGAUUUGAUUAGUUAUUCCAUAACUUCGGUGCAAAAAGUUCGUGAUUCUUACUCACAGUUCAUCAACUUUAGUGACAACGAACUUGUGAAGCUGAUACUACAGGAUGCCGCUUUUAUUAUUGAACUCUUUAGUGGGUUCUAUGACAGGAAAGAAAUGUUAUUAUACGAUGGUAAACUGUCACAACUAUGGUUGAAGGAAAAUAUUCCUCAGGAUUUGCUUUUAUUGGAGAAUCAGCUUCCUUUCUUUUUCAUUAACGAUUUAUACAACACAGCGUUCCCCCCCGACCUUCGUCGUCCUGUCCUCGACCCUUCAUUUGAUGAGCUCACGUAUUUCUACUUUGGCCUUUAUAACAUCCAAAAUUUGACGCCUGAUCCUCCUGUGAGAAUAGCACACUUCACAGAUCUUCUUAGGAUUUUCCACUUACCAAAACAGAAUCCUCAAAGGGUAUCAUUCCAUCCAGCUAGCGAUCUUCUUUUAUAUAGUGCGCACCAGUUGCAAGAUGCAGGAGUAAAAUUGAAGGCUGGCACAAGCAAGUGCAUAUUAGACUUGAAGCUUUCAAGGAAUAAUGUUCUUGAGGUUCCAGAGAUUACGGUAGACAAGGGGACUGAAAUUUUGUUUCUCAAUAUGAUUGCUUUAGAACAUUUCCAUUAUCCUAAUGAAGCUUACAUUACUGACUACUUCCGUUUGUUGGAUUGCCUAAUUGAUUCAGAUAGAGAUGUGGAUGUUUUGAUUCAUCAGAAAAUAAUCCGCAGCCAUCUUGGAGAUAGCAAGAGUGUUGUUGAAUUAUUUAAUAGCGUGCGGAAAAAUACUGUUCCGAUGACUUUCAGUUCAGAAUAUUUGGAUCUCUGCAGAAGGUUGAAUGAAUUUUAUAAAGAUCCUUGGCGCAGCAGAAAAGCAGCUUUGAUAAGGGUGUAUUGGAGGACACCAUUGCAAGCUAAGGCCUCAAGUAUUAUCGUCAUCAUACUCCUCAUUCUCAUAAUUAUUCGGAUGCCUUGACUUGUUGUUGCCCAGUCCUUAAAGUUUGAUGUUAUCUCCAUCCAUCCUCACUUUUCCAUAAACCGCUUCAGGUCUGAACAAAUUCUCAAACAUGGCCCCAAAGGCGUUUAAGCAUAUCCUUAGAUGUUGUCAUCUUUAUUAGCUUCAUAAGUAGAUUUUUGAAAUAUGCAAUCUGUUAGUGGAAUUUCUUCGUCAAUGUGAUUAUGAAGUAGUAUUUUUCCUUUGCUGAGAGAAAUUUUUUUAAA